UUUAAAUUUGAAAUAGAUAAAUAUUCGGUUCUAUUCUAACUUUAACCCGUUUUUCUUAUUUCGUCUCGUUUCUUCUGACUGAAGCUAAAAGUUCUUUGACUUUGCGCUUUCCAGAGUUUAUCUUGCUACUAAUAAAAAUGUCAAAGUAAAAAAAAAUUGACAUGACAAUGUUAAAACAUGAACUAAACAGUGAGAUCAUGGAAGAGAUUUAUGUUGACUGUUGAGAAUCAACAUGAAACAUCAUUUAUUAAGUUAUUAUUUGUUUUCUACCAUCGUCAACUUUCCUUGACCUACUACUGGGAAUAGAGCUUCCUUCAUGUACGAUGUACACCAACAAAUAUUCUGUGGGCCAUCUUAGAACAGUUAAUCUCUUAAUUUAUAACUGACUGCACAUGAAAAGUGGUGAAAUAUUUACAAACAUUAUGUCGUUAUUGACAUUACCAGUAGAAGUUUUGGCCAUCAUCCUCAAAAAACUUGACACAAAGACCUUAUAUAACUUACACGACUCAUGUUCUUAUUUACGAAAUGUUAUUUGCAUGCCCGGAGUUAUCAAAGAAUGCCAGUGUUCUCUUAACACAUUAGCAACAGUGAAGACCUUUCAAUCGGACUUCUUCCGAAGCAUAUCUGGAAAUCUAAAGAUUUUGAACCUAUCUGGUGUUCCUGAUUUAACUAAAUCAGCUUUGUUAGUUGCUUUAAGAAAAGCGAAGAAUCUAAUAGAAUUAGAUGUAAGCUUUACAAAUAUAAUGAUGCUUGACCUUUUUGAUAUCAUUCAGAUGAGACCCACAUUGAAGAGCUUGUCUAUAAACUUUACAUUUGGUACAACAUAUAAGAUCAACAAGGAUGUGUUGUCCAAAUAUCAGCAAGCUUUCGAAGGGCUGGAAAAGGUCAGUUUUGUUGGCUCAACCUCAAAUUUCAUGUACGGAAAUGUAGCUGUAUGUAUGCUAAAAAAGGCACAUCUAUCUAGUCUGCAGUUUACAAUUUGUGGCAAUGAAUACUUUGGUACUGUAUACAGUGAUGAUAUAGAAUGGGACAAAUGUGUACUGGAAAGAUUGCCUGCAUUCAAGAUAUUCUCAUUGACAAACAUGUGCUAUGAUGCUCUGCUAGAGUUACCUCUGAUCAAGUUACUCAAUUUUGGUAAUUAUGAGAUUUUAAUAUUCCAAAAAUAUAAUUAUACUUUAGUGCAUGCAACUCCCUUAUUGAAACAAUUUAUUUGUAAAAAUUUUGAUGUGGAAGUAAACAAUUUGUCAGAUUUAGGUUCAGUGGUCGUUGGACAGGUGGCUAUCAUGCUGUGGCUCAGAGAGAUGACCCAAUUUGAUCAUAAAUUUUAUUCAAAUUUACUAACAAUCUUGAAAGAAUAUUUGACUUUCCGUUUUGAUUCCUCUCAUCAUGCUCCAGUCUCAGAGAAGUACAACUGGUACUGUGUGGAGCAGAGUUGUCCGCCCGAUGACAGUAAUCAUUCACAUGAUGAAGGAUUCAAGUUUAAAAAAGCUCGAUUAGCACAACAGAGUUUAAUAUUAAACUAUGAUGACACUUUCAGGGAGAAAGAAAGAAAUAUUAACUUGGAAAUUAAAUUUAAAGAUCCCCUCAAUCGGCCAAUUAAUAUACAUAGUUGUGAUUUAUUUAAAAAAUUGACUCAUUUAUCUCUAGUAGGAAAUGUUCAAUAUACAUCAGAUUUUUUCAAGAAUUUGUUUGAGAAGUGUGAUACAUUAGUUACAUUAGUAAUAAUUAAAUCAAAAGGCAAUUUUCAUGUACCAACAUUACUAAAUUGUCUGCCAAAGAGCAAAAUUUUAAAAAACUUAUUAAUCAAUGUUAACAUGUUACAUUAUUUUCCCUUAUUUACUUACCUCAGUGAGUGUAAAAGCAUAGAAAAUAUCCAUUUAGUUACUUCAAAUACACACGAUAAUACUUUGCCUAAUCCUAGUGAUUUGUUUAUUAAAUGUGAAAAUUUGUAUAGCAUAUGUAUUCGGUGCACUAUGCCCCAUAGAGCGAAGAUGUUAAAGUUUUAUAAAAAGGUUCGAUCUAAGCUUGGCAAGAAUUAUUUAUACUUAGAUAUAAUUCCAUUCACUGAUGAAGAUCGACGGAGCCUGUACAGCCCUUAUUUUAAUGUGUUUAAUGUGUAUCAAUUAAAACCAAUGUAAAUAAAAUUUAUGUAACAAUGA